AUGCAAGGGCUGUAUAAAAGCAGGCUCUUCUCCUCACUCUCACAUUCACUCUGCUCACCUCCAUCUCCUUGGAACAAGGUGUCUCUCCAGCCCCAAGCCAUGUCCUGCUACACCCCGUGCCGGCCCUGCCAGCCCUGCGGCCCCACCCCGCUGGCCAACAGCUGCAAUGAGCCCUGUGUCAGGCAGUGCCAGGACUCCACUGUCAUCAUUGAACCCUCACCAGUGCUGGUGACCCUGCCUGGCCCCAUCCUCAGCUCCUUCCCACAGAACACCGCCGUGGGAUCCUCCACCUCUGCUGCUGUUGGCAGCAUCCUCAGCUCUCAGGGAGUGCCCAUCAGCUCUGGGGGCUUUGGCCUCUCAGGCUUGGGCAGUGGCCUCUGUGGCACCAGGUCCUUCCCCUGCUAA